UAUCAGUAGUCGAUCCGAAACCUCCGUUUUUCUUUUCUUUAUUUUCCUUUGACGGUAGAUGGGAACUCGAUGCUGUUGAAGAAGAAGAAGAAGAGAAAUGUCGACGAUUGAGAAAGCUUUGAUUCAGAUCUUCGAGAGGAAGAAUCGAAUAAUCGACCAUGUGAAGCACCAAAUCCUUCUCUUCGAUCACCAACUCGCUUCCAAGUGUCUCAUCGAUGGCUUCGUUCCACCUCAUUGGCUCAUCUCCUCUGCUCCUUCUCAGCUGGAUAAAGAAAAUCUUAUCUCAGGACUCCUACUUCCACAUCCACAGGCUUCAUUUCCUUACUGUUCUCUGUAUCAACAACCAGUUGUUACAACUGAUAACGUGCUGUUACCCCAUAUAUUAUGUUCCCGAGUUGAUGCUUCAAAUGAUGGCUUAGACCAGUGCCUUUCUGGUAAAGCUUAUGAGCUGGAUCCUAGUGUUACAUCUCCUCCUCAAGAUUGUAGAGAUGGAAUAACCUCAGAUAUUUGUCCUGAUCUUUGUUCUUCACUGGCAAGAAUCCAGAGAUCUAAGUCUAGGCAACGGGCUUUAGAGCAUAGAAACAGUGCAAAAGCAUGUAAAAACAAUGAAAGCUGUGAGAAGAAUGAUAAUUCUUGCAACAAUCAAAACAAAGCAUCCAAGGUUGCUUCUUUACAGUCAGGUAUUGUGAAUAAGUUGGAAUUGACCAGAUCCAGUGAUAUUCUUCCAACUUAUGAGUUGGAAAAGGAAGAAAGAGGGAAAUGCAGUAGCAAGGGAAAGAGUGAAAAUGUUUACCCUGGUAGAGUCACAAGAAUGAGAAGUUCUAUCCAUCCUUCCAAGUAUGAAAGUGGGCCGUUGGGUACAUGCAACAAUUCUUUUGUUGCUAAGAAGAAUAAUGUUGUGAGUUAUGAGGUGGAAAAGGGUAAAAGAGUGGACUGCAGGAGCAAGGAAAGGAAUGAAAAGGUUGUCUCUGGUCGAGUCACUAGAUCAAGAAGUUCUGCUCAACCUUCCAUGUCUAUGAGUGGGCUUUCAGGUGCAGGCAACACUUCUACUGUUGCUAAACAGGAUGGUCCGGUACCAACGGAAUCCAUCUGCAAAUCAAGACAACAGCUCGAUGUUCAUGAGUUAUUGGAGUCAAAAUUUGUCAGACCUGUUUGUAAUACUGUAUAUUGUGGCGUGAAAACUGAAGAAAGAGGACAAUGCCAGAGCAAAGCAAGGAGUGAAGAUGUUUUCACAAGGUCAAGAAGUUCUGUUCAAUCUCCAAAAUUUGAGAAUAGUUCAACAGGUGCAGAAAAAAGUUUUUUGUUGCAAAGCAGGAUGGUAUUGUGCUCACAGAAUCCAUUAACAAAUCAGGAUUAGAGCAUGAUGCUUCGGAAGAAAGAGGACAAUGCCGGAGCAAGGCAAGGGGUGAUGAUGUUUACUCUGGCAGAAUAACAAGGUCAAGAAGUUCUGUCCAACCUGCAAAAUCUGAGAACAGUCCACCAGGUGUUGGCAAGAGUUCUACUGUUGCAAAGCAGGAUUGUAUUGUGCUAACAGAAUCCAUUAAAAAAUCAGGACUAGAGCAUGCUGUUGUUGUUGAGUUAUUGCAAUCUGUCAAACCAGUUGAUGAUGA